CGUUACCUGGCAACGGACCGCUUGGUUAGUUGAUCAGACAAGAGCAGACGUACUGAGUCAGUUCCGACAAGGCGAUAGCCCGUCAGUCACAGUUAAGAUGGCCACCCUUAGCGUCAAGCCGGGGCACCGCUACAGCGUGCCCGACUGGGAGACCAGCAACAGGCAAAUAGCGGACACCGCAGGCGACAAGCGGAACGUAUCGCAUGAGGUCCGCCAGGAGGCCCGGACUCUACGCAAUGAGACCUCCAAUAAGACUUUCUGGGACAAGAGCGACAGCUCUCGCAGGCUGAGAGACAGAAUCACGGACCUAUCGCGCUGGAAGGAGAACUUGGCGGCCUGUGCGCGGGAGGUGGACGCCGAGAUGGAAGCCCUCACGCUGACUAAGGAGGAGUUGGAGAGGACGCUGGCCGCCACGGCUCUCCCCCUCGAGGUGGCGGUCGAGUGCCUCACCCUGAGGGAGCGUCGCCGCGGGACCGAGCUGGUCAACGACCCCGUGGAGGCGGAGCUUAAAAAAGAGGUGGAGGUGAUCGGCGGGAUCCAGAGGACGCUGCAGCACCGAAUCAGCAAAGCUUUCGAGCAGAUCUGUUUGCUGCAGGAGGCGAGGCACCAGCUGACCUGUGACAUCCAAAACAAGAUGGACGCCCUAGACGUGGAUGGCACCUGUCUGCUGCUCACCGAGACCUCUCGAGAUAUCUCUCUGAAGCCCAAUCCCAUGCGCAUGCUCCCGGGUUUCACUAGUCCCCAGCAGUGGGAGCUGUUCAGCCGGUCCAAUGUGAGCCGGGCCCAGGAGGAGAUGCAGGCUUCACAGCAGCUGAGGGGAGACAUGAAGCUGACCAAGGCUCAGGUCCUGAUUGAGCUGCAGGCCCAGCACAUGGCCACGGACUUUGCCCUCCGAAAACGUGCCCACCAGCUGGAGCGGGCCUGCGACGAGAUGGCCUGGCAGCUGAAGCAAACUAAAGAUGAGAUGACAGAGCUGGAGCAGGACAUCCGUGGGCUGGAGGAUGACCUUGUGGCCAAAACCGCUCCCCUGAAGCUGGUCCACACCCGCCUGGAGAACAGAACCAUGAGGCCGGGGGCGGACCUGUGCCGAGAUGAGGUGCAUUUUGGCCUGGUGGAGGAGGCGCAGCAGCUGGAGGCCACCAUUAGGGCCCUGAAGGAGAAACUGGCCCAAGCACAGCAUUCACUCCAGGCCCUGCAGCAGCACCAGGCCUGCAUGGGGGAGGACCUGUCCCGCAAGCAGGACGCCCUCACCCUGGAGCAGCGCAGCCUGGAGACCCGCCAGCGCCUCGUGGCCACCGCCCAAACCGAGCUGACCCCCAGCGCCGUCGUCCCGCUCGCCAACUCCAGCGGGAGGCACGCCCUGGACCUGCUUUAACCCUGCCCGAAGUUAUAACCCCGCGCCCAACGCACUGCACCCUGGUCUCUACACACCCCUCCCAUCCUGUUAAAUCGCUGCACUGUUUUUUUGAGGGUUUGUGUUCUUUGAGUCCGCAUGUGUUAUUGUGCUCUUGUACUUGGUUCGAUUUAGUUAGGAUGCGUGUUUCUUCUGUAGGAAAACUGACAUUUCUCACUGUGUUGUAUUGCUGCUGUAUAUCCAGUUAUAUACAUUCAAUUGUAAUAUGUUAUAUAAUGUCUUAUAGUCUAUAUUACAUUGCAUAUGUAUUAUUAGGAUUUAAUGAUUUUGAGUGUUUGCAAGUGUAUUGCCACAGUGCACUUAUUGUAUUAACAGAAAGACCAGUAAAGCAGUGACAUUGCAUGCAUUUCUGUGCUUUCCCUUUGGUAUGAAUCUUGGAAAGACUAGAGUUAGAAAUCAGCUCUCUUUGUCUCUAGUCAGUAGCUCCAGAGGAGAUCAGAUUGAGGUCAAAGGUCGGUCAUGGGGAGUGUAUGGGUGUGCACUCAUAAUUAAAUUUCUCAGUAACUUAGAUGGAUUGAUACUCUUCUGUUCCUCUGGCGUUUGUAUCGGUGUAUCAGAUUGACUAAUUGAGUUCUUUUUCCUCUGGGUAUUCUGUGAGAAGGAUCUUUCAGAUCAGCGUUGAUCUGAUUGGUGGACAGAAGUGGGAGGAGCGGUUUUGUUCAUGACAUCACAUCAGGCCACCAGUGUAAACAGGCUGGGUGUGGACCAGCUCUCCAGCUUCACAGGGGACUCACGUGAACUUGCUUCCUGACACCUGACCCAGCUCAUUACUCCACCUUUAUUUGACAAAGCGGCGCAUGCAACAUACAGUUAGCAUAAGGAAGCAAGAGCCGCCACAGUGUUAGGGUUAGGGUUAGGGUUAGGGUUGCAGACAGUCGAACCUGCGUGAACAUGCGUGUAUCAUAUAUACAGGUUCUUUCACUGUUCAAUUACCAUUAUUUGCAUUGUUUUUUUGCCACACUGCCAGCUUAAUGUGGGCUAUUAAGCAGAGGGAAAAUAUUUUUCUGCACAAUAGACUGAUUUACGAGGACAUGCACUUUGUCGUGUAAUGUGGAAAGAGAUAAGGAACUGUAAACACUCCGGGGAGGGUUUUUUAUCCAUAAUAAAAGCGUUAAGCCGCCCAA